AUGGAUGCUCUUGAGGGUAUAACACCUGAAGACAAGUUAUUGAUUCGAAGAAGUUGGUCCAUCCUUAAAAAGAAUAUUAAUACGACAGCAUUAUCUAUAUUCGAGAUGAUUUUUAGUCAAAGUCCAGAUGCUAAACAGUUAUUCCCAUUCAUGAGACUAUAUCAAAAUGGUAGUGCGAUUACACAUUCUAAAGAGAUGGAAUUUCAUGGAUUAAGAUUUAUGCAGGUUAUUGAAUCUGUUAUUGAUGCUCUUGAUAAACCAUCUUCGAUAGAUAGUUUGUGUGAUAACCUAGGACGAGUACAUGGACGUCUAGCAGAACAGCGAGGGUUCAAGCCUUAUUAUUGGGCAGUUUUCAUUGAGUGUACACUAUAUCAUUUUCGGAAAGUGCUCGAAAACGAUAAUUAUUUUCAUAACAUACUCUAUUUGGACAGAACUAUACUAUGCUGGAGGAAUGUUCUUCGGGUUCUGAUCAAACGAAUGAAGAUCGGAUUCAAUACUGAUAUUAGAAACCGUAAAGCUAAUAAGGACGGUGUGCCUGUGUCAACCUUGAUAUCUGAAUCCAGCUCAAGCACUACUCUCAAUGAUUUCUCUUCCAUUCAAAUAACUCAUUCACAAACGUUGCCUCGAAUCAGCCACUUAGCAAACAGAAAAUGCCCUGAAAAAAAAAGUGAGUCGAGUGGAUUUUUGAGACCUUUACGCCAGUUCGCACGACGAACUUUUCAUCCAAAUCGAAGUACCAGUGUUGAAAAGUUCGAAUAA